GCGAAGUUGCUGCUUCUGGACAGUGCAAAGCGGAGUAUUAUUCAGCUGGGAGGAGGGGAGGGGGGUCACGGAGCUGGCCUCCAUCCCCGGCCAGCCAUUGGGACAGAGGGGAUAAGUGUAAAUGUGAGUCAUCAAAAUACAUUGGGGGGUGGAGAGUGCUUGCAUGGUUUGGUGUUGCUUCCGAGCAGAAUGUCCCACGGUGCGCUGGAGAUGUCUGCCUGUCAUCCUCCUGCCUCGCGCGCUCUGCAACAGGAGGUCUGCAGCCCUUCAGCUUGGAAGGAGAAGCGCAGGCAGCAGCUUAGAGACGGUGGUCGGAGCUAGAGACCCGCGUUCCCCAAUGGCAUCUGCCAGCUGCUUUUUUCCCUAGGAGUUAGCAUAUCUAUCCUGCAAGGAGCACAACAAGCAGAAGUCCCUGUUUGGAGCUAUGACCAACAUUUGUUAAUAAGCUUACAUCCUGGAGGCAGUUGGCACAGCGCUGAGAAUCUUACGGCUUCAGCAAACUUUGUUCCACAUCUCAAGGCUGUGAUGCACAUCUCUGAUGAUAACAAAAGCAAAGCUUAAUUGGAAACAUCCUUGUGGUCUUCCACUAUUCCAACUUUAAACAUAUUUGAAAAUCAAGUAUGAUAAAGACCCAAAUAAAUGGGAGAAAAGAGAAUGUUCCUGCCAUUUGUGUCUAAUGAGACAAAUUUAAAUGGGCGCACUUCAGAUGUUGAUGGCCUUUCCACGAACUCAGAUAUUUUCCUUUGCUACAAACCCAAACAUAUUUUCCUUGCUUAGUGGCAGAAAGCAUUCUGUAACCUGAUGGCUCUUUUUUUUAACAGCCCAACAGAAACUUGGAAAAAGAUCUUUGACCCCUUCUGCAAUACUGUGUCAUCAAGCACCCUACAAGGAGAGAACAUCAAGAGAGUGUCCUAAAGAGAGUCUUCCAAAUUGCAGCAGUAUUUUUAUUUGGCCUAACUGGAACAGAUACCAAGGAAUAAAUGUGGAUUUUCAAAUAAGUUUCCCAGUCAGAGGUGUCCUUCCAGGUUCUGCAUUUAUAAAGCAAGAACCACAUUUCCAGUUAGUUUUUAUCAACAAUGUGGAAAUAAAGCUUCUUGCAACACUACCAAAUAUUUGUUCUUCACUCUUUCAAAGAAAGGGCAGAGUGAAUCACAAACAACACUGGAUGAACAUUAACCAGUAUUGAUAUAAUGGCUUUGAACUCCGAGAACAUCUCUGCCUCUGACUGCUUCAACUGCACCCAGCCUGUGGAGGAAGUAAACAUUUCAAAAGCCAUAUUAUUAGGUGUUAUCUUGGGGGGGCUGAUUGUUUUUGGAGUCCUGGGUAACAUUUUGGUUAUCCUGUCAGUAGCCUGUCACAAGCACCUGCAAAGCGUAACUCACUAUUACAUUAUCAACUUGGCUGUGGCUGACCUCCUGUUGACUUCUACCGUCCUCCCUUUCUCUGCUAUUUUUGAGAUUUUGGGGUAUUGGGUUUUUGGGAGGAUCUUCUGCAACAUCUGGGCAGCUGUGGAUGUUCUAUGCUGCACAGCUUCCAUCAUGAGCCUUUGUGUCAUCUCUAUAGACCGAUACAUUGGGGUGAGCUACCCGCUAAGAUAUCCAGCCAUAGUGACUGAAAAGAGGGGGCUCCUAGCCCUUGUGUGUGUCUGGGUACUGUCCCUUGUGAUAUCAGUAGGGCCCCUCUUUGGCUGGAAACAGCCAGCUCCAGAAGAUGAAACCAUCUGUCAGAUCAAUACUGACCCUGGUUACGUCUUAUUCUCUGCCCUGGGCUCCUUCUACCUCCCCUUGAUCAUCAUACUGGCAAUGUACUGCCAGGUCUAUGUGGUGGCAAAAAGGGAAAGCAAAGGACUGUCUUGCGGCCUGAAAACAGAGAAGUCCCAUUCAGAGGAAGUGACUCUUCGCAUCCACCGCAAAACCACCACAGAAACCACUGGAUCAACACCCAGCACCAAGCACAAAUCCAAUUUUUCCGUGAGGCUCCUGAAGUUCUCCAGGGAAAAGAAAGCAGCUAAAAGUCUGGGGAUUGUGGUGGGAUGCUUCAUACUCUGCUGGCUCCCCUUCUUUAUCAUCAUGCCCAUUGGUUCUUUCUUUCCCGAGAGCAAGCCCUCAGAGACAAUUUUUAAAAUCGCAUUUUGGCUGGGAUACCUGAACAGCUGCAUCAACCCCAUCAUCUACCCUUGUUCAAGUCAAGAGUUUAAAAAGGCAUUCCAGAAUGUUCUAAGGGCCCAGUGCCUCCCACCACGGAGGUACUCAGCCAACAAAUAUUCCCUUAGCUUCAACCUCAAUCAUGCAAGCAACCACGUCGCCGAAGCUCCAAAAGACGUUGUCCGCAUCCCUGUCGGCUCCGGAGAAACCUUCUAUAAGAUUUCCAAAUCGGACGGUGUCUGCGAGUGGAAGCUCUUCUCGGCCAUGCAGAGUGUGUCCACCAAGAGCACAGCCUCCAGGGACAAGGCCAGCUGUGUGACAGCCAAAGUCAAGAGCAAAGGUUUCCUGCAGGUUUGCUGCUGUGCAAGAACAUCAGGGGAAAACAUGGCAAAGGACCAGAAAGUGCCCACCAUUAAAAUACACACUGUCUCUGUCAGCGAUAACGGAGAGGAUAUUUAAAGGCACCCAUCAUUCCGGUGGGACCAGAAGAGGUUUACAUGCAGUGCUUCAACAUGGGCAACCCAAGGAGGGGGCUGCUUUUAAUGGGGUAAUACAGAAGGGAGAAUGCAAGGGAAUGAUGCUAACGCAGAACAAAGCACGUGAGCUUCGACUGAAUCCAAGUUAUUGAGGGAAUCUCAGGCAAGGUGAAAUCUGUGGGGUUCAGAAAUGGGACCACUUGAGGCUGGACUUCUUCAAGCGAUUCUGCUAUUAUUUCCUUGCUAUUUUCAAGGCUCUGAGGUUCAGUUAGUUUUAUUUACAAUUGUUUAGCCAUUGCGCUCUUAACUUUGGGGGUGGGGUGGAGGAAAGUGUUGUGACGUGUCCUACAAUAGAGAUCUAUGAAUAUCUGUUAUUGGUUUCAACACAGGAACUUCUUUCUGGCUCUCAGCUUUUAUGUCGUGGAGUAACUUCAUACACCUAAAGGGGGAAUUUGACAAGGCAGAACCAUGAGUUAAUUGGAGAAAUGUGAUGGUCUUUUAACUUGACUCCUUUCUUUUUGUUGAUUCCAGUCCUGUGAAACUUUGGACCAUAUAGCUUAAAAGACACCAAAAGGGUAAGGGUGGGGGACUCCAGUCCCAGGAGCAGAAUGCAACCCCCUAGGCCUCUCCAACCGGCCUUUGGGGCUCUUCCUGUGGUACAUCCCUUCACCCAAGCCUCUAGUUGGCCCUGCUCCAUACAUCCCUUAAUUGUUUUUGCCAGGCUGGAAUAUGUCAUUGAACUGUGAUAAUGCCUUUUGCUUGCCUGGAUGGAGAGGUCUGGGGACAGGGGACCUUGGACAUUUGUGUGGCUGGAAUAUAGUCUACUGCACAAAGUCAAGACACAGCCAUUGCGCCCUCCACUUUUGCCUCUGGCCCUGCCCACUACUGGCAUGUGGCCACUGGAAGGUUGUCCAUGGAGAAAUGCAGCCCUCGAGGAUGCGGGGGGCGGGGAAGCUUUCCCACCUUUGCAAUAGGAAGUACACAGCUCAGAACUGGCCCUGAUUCUGCACCUGGCAACAACAGUUCAGAAGCUUGUGUACCCUUCAUAUGGAUGGCAGACUUGCUGAGAACGGCUCCUUCAUCCCAUGUGGUCAAAAUGUGGGAGGGGAAACACUACAAUCACAUAGGCAAGGAAAUCAUAUGGGGGUCAAUGAUAACAAACCAGUACACUCCCUCCUUCUGGGGUGCUAAUCAAGUGGACUAAUCCAUACGAUUAGUUCUGGGCAUGUAGUUAUAAUAUUCACUCAUGGGACAUCAUCAAAGAGAAGCAGCUCCCACAAUUUGUGGUGCAGAUGUGAGGUGGGUCUUAUUCCUCUCCCUCUCAUAGGGACCAUUUCCUUAUUCCAAAAGCAUUUGCAAAAAUCUCUGUGUGUCAUUUUGAAGCUUCACCUUCUCUGUGUUCCUCUUUGUUGCCUGUCUUGUGGUACAUUCAUUUUUGAAGUGCAGCAUGUAAUGGUGGAAAAUAUUCUGUAGCAAAAGAAUGUACCUUUGUCAUAAUAAUGAUGCCAAGAAACUGCCCUCUGAGUUUGUGGGGCAAUUCCCAGCCCCUUCAUCAACACCAAUUGCCUUUCCUUUGUCCUUGUUUGACUCCAUCCCAUCCCUGGGCCACACCUCUUCCUUCAGUAGCCUACCUCUACAGACUUCAGGUCAUUCAAUCCCUUUUUGCUUCCUUUUGGGAAUUCCAACCAUUAUUGUUGUCAUACACACUCACUUAGGGUACGCGUGCAAUGCGAAAUAAUUGGAAACUGUGGAGAUUCAUAUCACAAGGUUGCAGUGCAACACUGGUCCAUGAGGGCAAAUGGGGCACUGCCCUCAGCCAGCCCCUCUUACAUACAGCCACCCCAAGGGGAGGCCUGUGCUGUUAGGUCCCUCCUCUUUAGUCCCUGCAGAAGUCAGUAGGGAGGAAGAUGGAGACAAAACCAGAAUUAGUUGGCUCUGCCUUUCAUUGUUCUGGCUCCGUGUACCAUUGGCCUCCCUGCCUUCCACCCUACCAGUCCAAAUGGGCACUAGCCAGCACUGCACUGCAAGGCAGCCUUUUGUAAUUAUCACUUGCAGAAUUGUGGAGCAGCAGGAUUUACUAAGGCACCAAUGAAAGAGAGGUUCAGAUCCCUGUGAUGUGGGUUAUCCAUUAUGGGGAUACUUGUUGAACCAUUGAUAAGACUAGGGUUUAAGGCAGCCUUUGCCACAAGUCAACAUUAAAGAUUCAAUCUGUUUAAAUCGUGUGCUGGAGAUUGGAGAGCAUGGUUAUCUGGAGCCAUCUCAAGGAAACAGAAGUGAAAGUGCAUGAAACAGUGAUUCAGUAAGAUUCAGAGUUUGCCCACAUUUCUGCAUGUCCUGUGCCUAGAAAGCAUGAGUCCAAGAGGUCUUCCACUUGUCUCAUGUUUCUAGGCAUGGGUCUGAGCAGUUAUCUGCAUAGGCGCCGACUCCAUGGGGCCUGAGGGG